AUGGCGAAGAAUAUCAAGUACCAGCUACUCUCCCUCCCCACCUCCAUCGUCCCGUCCCACCACCACGAUGAUGCCUUGGAAACUAUAUCUACAACUGUUGGCCCCGAUGGCUCUGUUUCCUCAUUCCCGAUCCCUGAAUUCAAAAUCGGAACGUUAGAUGCUCUGGUGCAGCAGGCCGAGGAACUGGGCAAGUUGGAGGGGAUCUGCCAGGCUGUGGUAGGCAAGGUGGGCGAUGCGCUCAAAGGGAUCCUCGCGAGCGAUGAAGAACAGAUACAGAGAAUGAAGACGGUGAAUGAUAAGCCCGUUGACCAGUACCUGCGGACAUUUCAGUGGAAUAAAGUCAAGUACCGUGCGGACAGAUCUAUUGGUGAAUUAAUCGAUCUCCUACAUAAGGAAGCCGCCAGCAUUGACAAUGAUAUUCGCACCAAACACUCUCAGUAUAAUCAAGUCAAAAACACUCUAUCGACAUUACAGCGCAAGCAGACCGGCAAUCUGGCAACAAAAUCACUAGCUUCAAUUGUCGACCCACGACAACUUGUUCAGGAAUCGGAAUAUUUGGAAACACAUCUGGUUGCAGUUCCCUCGCAACAAGUUAAAGAUUUUUUCAAGACUUAUGAGACGAUAGCACCCAUGGUAGUUCCGCGCUCAGCGAACCUGGUUGCGUCGGACGACGAAUUUAGUCUUUACGCUGUGACGACGUUCAAGAAACAUAGUCAAGAGUUUGCCCACAAGGCCAGAGAACAGAAGUGGAUACCGCGUGAUUUCAAAUACUCAGAAGGAGGCCGCGAGGCAGAAGCCAAGGAGGUCGAACGAGUUGGAGGUGACGAGCGCAAACUAUGGGGCGAGACUCUUCGACUCGGUCGGACUGGCUGGAGCGAGGCGGUCAUGGUUUGGAUCCACGUCCUUGUUCUGAGGGUUUUUGUCGAGACUGCCCUCCGAUAUGGUCUGCCAUUGGACUUUGUGUCUGCUAUUGUUCGGGCAACACCAAGAGGUGCUGAAAGAGCGAAGAAGAACCUCGAUGAUAAAUACAACUAUCUCGCUGGUAAUGCCUUUGGCCGAGAUAAAAAGGGUCGGGUCAAGAAAGACGACCCUAAUGAAAUGCAAGCUGCAGGAGAAGGUACUGGAGCGGAAUACACUGCAUAUGUGUACUAUGAGUUUGAAUUUGAGUGA